CUAGUGGAUGCUCACGAUACUGCGGUUUUGGUUGGUUGGUUUGUUUUUUUAGACGGAGUUGUGGAAAGACAGAUUUCAGAAUAAUUAGGACAACGUUUAUUCGCUGGUCUUUUAGCUAAGAUGAGUGGUUGUCGCAUAUUCAUCGGACGACUGAACCCGUCUGCGAGGGAGAAAGACGUUGAACGGUUCUUCAAGGGCUAUGGAAGAAUCCGAGAAAUUGAUCUGAAGAGAGGCUUCGGGUUUGUGGAAUUUGAUGAUCCGAGAGAUGCAGAGGAUGCAGUAUGUGAGCUUGACGGCAAGGAGCUGUGUAAUGAAAGGGUAACUAUAGAACACGCCCGGGUGCGUUUGCGUGGAGGCAGAGGUCGAGGAGGUGGAGGACGCUUCCCAGACCGUUACAGCCGUGGCUCACAGGAUGGCCGGAGAAACCCUGCUCCAAUGCGCACUGAGAAUCGCCUCAUUGUGGAGAACCUCUCCUCAAGAGUGAGUUGGCAGGACCUGAAGGAUUUCAUGAGGCAGGCUGGCGAGGUUACGUUUGCUGAUGCCCAUCGUCCCAAGCUGAAUGAGGGCGUGGUGGAGUUUGCCUCUCACAGUGACCUGAAAAAUGCUCUGGAGAAACUGUCUGGGAAAGAAAUACAUGGCCGGAAGAUCAAACUCGUGGAAGCAGCGAGAAAAAAAGAUCAAGAACCCGCUCACGAUCGGACAGCUCUUCCCGCUCUCGCUCCCGCUCUCGCUCCCGCUCCCGUUCUCGCUCCCGCUCACGGUCCCGGGGGCGUUCGCCGUCGCGCUCACGCAGCCGCUCUCCCUCCCGGAGCCGCUCGCCGAGCCGCUCACCUGCCCCCUCCCCCACGCGCAGGGCUGAGGGGGCCGACGGGGGAGAGCGGUCCUCUCGUGCUGAGGGCGGAGGCUCGCCCCCGAGCCCGGCCCGGCACGCCACCCCCUCCCGCUCGCCCUCCACAGACAGCCGCCAUUAACGCAGCUCCGGCCUUCUCGAGGCCUGACCCGUUGGUCCCGCGCUGCAUGACGCCAACCAGCUGUGGUCCAGCAGUGGUACUCCUUUGCGUAUAUGUGGCCCACACGGGGCAGCUCAGUCCCUUUGUCUGAGAGCUUUCAGAGCUCUUAAGCCAUAGGUAGUAGCUGGGACCUCGAGUCUGAAGCCAACGAUUUUGUCUCACUUUUCAGAGGAAAAUUUUGUCCGUAUGAGAUCCUUUUUUCAGCAUUCACAGUGAAUAUUUGGUUUGCAUUGAUGGACACUUUGACAUUGCUCUUGAAAGAGAGCAGUGAUAAUUUGUCAGGUUCCUAGGAACUUCUCUUCAAAAUAGUCAGGACCAGGUUUUAUUGAAUUGUGUUUUCUAGUUAUUGUAUAAUAAGACUGACGGGGACUUUAAAAUACUGCUAUGGAGCAUUCUUCUUACAGGUGAACCUGAUAUGCUUCAAGCAAACAUUGAAGGAAGUGGCUGUGUGUAUGUAGGUGUUAUGUGCUUGUUUAUGCGGCGAACACUUUCCUUAAUAUGUAAAACUGAAGAGCUUCUUUUUUUCCUUCUUCUUCUUUUCUUUUUUUUUUUUUCUUUUAAACAAGGUACUGCAGUUCUAAAAAUAUUUGAAGUGAUGUGUGUGUGGAUGUUGGAACAAUUUGUUUUAUUUUAUUGUCCAGUCACUUGCAUAGAAGUGUUUAUCCUGCAUGUCAUUGUAAUUAAAGUCUUUUGUCCUGUAAUUUUGUUGAUUCA